AUGAAAAAAAAUAAAUUGGGUUUUACUGAUGCUAACGAAAAGAAGUAUUAAGUCAUAAAACUUGCUUUGUUAUUGGAAAAAAAAGGCUUAAAAACUCCUUUCAAUAUCAUUAAAAUCUAUACAAAUGUUAAAUGGAGAUUCUAUUAAACCACAAAUUUUAAUAAGAUUCCUAGUUCGAAUCAAUCAAAGCUAGACUAUAUAGAUUUUAAAUCGUAAAAUAUAAACUUAUUAUUUAAAUAGUAAAUAAACUAUUUCUAAAUAAAGUUUGAGAAUAAAAGUUUAGGAAGUUUAGAUAAAAAGUUAGACUGAAAGAAUCCAUUAAUCUUUAUAGGAUGAUAUGUCUAAUUAAUCUAGACUCCAUAAAUUUUCUGAAAUAGCUAGAUUUAAUUAAAAAAUACGAUAAAAUCUCAAUUAGAAAAUGGUAAUAAAAAAGGAUGUCUUUGAGAAAAUUUAUGAAUUUGGACUGCUUGCAACAUUUUUAGGAUUUCUAAUUUCUUUUUAUUUAGUAAUAACAUAACAAAUUUGA